AUGACACCCACGCCGCCUUCUACAAACUCUUCUACCGGAGGUCGCUCCCCAGAGGAACAAUUUCGCGUGGUCAGGAGACGGAAUCGUGUUCCCCUGAGCUGCUAUCCCUGCAGGACAAGAAAGAAAUGUGACAGGAGCCAUCCUUGUAGCAACUGCACCAAACGCGAGGGCAUGGCCACCACGUCGUGCUCCUAUGCAUCCCCCUCAGCGCGCAAGAAGAGCCAAAGCCAAGGAGACUCGAGUCCGGACGACAUGCAGAACCGCAUCGACCGUCUCGAGGGUCUUGUCCUGUCGCUCAUGCACAACGGGGCCAACAUUGAUUCCGCCGCCUCCCACGUGGGCGCUUCAGCCUCUCAUUCUGUGGCGGACAGCGGCUCAUCUGCCAAGAUCGGCCGUGAAGAACCGGCCAUGGUGGACGAUGACAGCGACGUCGACGAUGGCCUCGCCGCGUCUUUGGGAGUCCUGAAAGUCGAUACCGACAAGGGAAAGUCCAUGUAUAUCGGACAGGAACACUGGCACCUGAUACUCGCAGACAUCGCCGAGGUCAAAAACUACUUUACUUCCCACAAGAAGGAGCUUGAGACGAGCUAUGAGCGUGUCAAGUCAUCGAAACCAGUCACUGCCCGCGAGGGCCCUACAUUGCUCCUCGGCGCUGUCCCGGCGUCGGAAAUUGAGCUCCGCGCCGAGCUUCCGCCCAAGUCAAGUGUCCUCGCGCUGUGCGGCCGCUACUUCAACUCGAUGGAACACACCGUUAGCAUCAUCCACGGGCCGACCUUUCUGCAGCAACUCAGAUCACACUGGGAAGAUCCUUCCAAAACGCCCAUCAUGUGGUUAGGCCUUCUCUACUCGAUUCUCUGUCUCGCCAUGCUGAGCUAUCACAAAGUGGGAGAUGAGCCUCCGGAGUGGAAAGGCCGGACCUUGGAGCUCGCCUCCGAGUUUCGGUUGCGCACCGUACAGUGCCUUACCAAGGCCGACUACACGAAGCCCAUGGAGUACACGGUUGAGACAAUGAUACUCUACGUCUUCGGGGAAUGCUCCUCGCGAUGGGACGCUGAACUUGGCCUAUGGUUGAUUGUCUCACUCAUCACGAGAAUCGCGUUUCGAAUGGGAUAUCAUCGCGAUGCCAAGUGGUUCCCAUCGCUCACCCCUUUCCAGGCAGAGAUGAGGCGCAGAACGUGGGCAUUAGUCCGAAUGUCCGAUGUGAUUUUCUCCCACCUGGUUUCCUUGCCGAGCAUGAUUUACGAGCACGACUGCGACACGCAGCUCCCAAACAAUCUUUUUGACGACGAUUUUCAUCCGGGGAUCCAACAACUGCCACCGUCCCGCCCCAAUACGGAGGCGACUCCGAUUUCGUACAUGAUUGCCAAGGCCCGACUCUGCAACGAACUGGGCAACAUUCUCCAAGCCACGAACAGGGUGGGCAGGAAUGUCUCUUACGAUGAAAUCAUUCGGUUCGAUGCAAAGCUACGCCAGGUCAUGCAGGAGCUUCCACCCCAUCUCAAGCUUGGCCCACUCGAGGAGUCCCGCGAUGCAGUCACGUUGAUUGUUGCCCGUUUCAACAUCGACAUCCUCUACCAGAGGAUCCUGUGCUUGCUACACCGUAAAUACCUUCCCCGGGCACGGCAGAAUCCAAGGUAUGCGCACUCGCGGCGUAGUGCCAUAGAGGCGUCACUGCAGGCCAUGGGCCAUCUACAGACGCUGCACCGCGAGUCACAGGGCAACGGAAGGCUUCGAGCGGUCAGCUGGUACGUCAAGUCGAUCGCAACCAAGGAGUUCAUCCUGCCAGCCAUGCUUCUCGUGUUGGACCUGCAUUUCGAUAACACCGCGAAGCAGUCGGCGGCCUCUCAAGAUCACGAUGGCGCAUUCGUGUGGACGCCAGAGGAGCGUGCCAAGAUGAUUGGAGCUCUGGAGGACGCGGCAGGCAUCUGGAAGAGCCUCGCCGACACCUCGAUAGAGGCAUUCAAAGCCUCCAAGAUUCUGGACAUUAUGCUGCAGAAAACCAGGGAUCCAGCGCAAAGUUCAAACGGCUCCCGGGAUCCCCGAGAAAACUCGACGACCCUGGAGGCGAAUGCUGGCACGAACGAUAUCCAGGCGAUGCUUGGCGGCGCGAUGACUCCCGAGUACUUCGGGAACCUCAACGAUGGAAUGAACGCCUUCUCGAAUGCCAACAGCGGUGCGUUUACAGACAGAUUCAACGCCGCCGACGCCGCGUCUCCGCUGUCCAUGUUUACGAAUCUUGGUGGCAGCUCUGGCAUGACGGCGGAUCCGAGCGCGAGCUUUGACUGGAGCGCGUUCGAGAACUACACGCAAAUGGCAAAUUGGGGAGCGGACCAAGGCUUCCAGGUAUUCGGAACGGGGGAGCCGUCGUCUGAGCAAGAUCCCGGGUCGAUGAACGUGCAAUGA